UUCUCCAGUUGACUCAGGCAGACAGUGGUUAGUGACAAAAAUAAGAUGGAGGGGAUAAUAGGGAACGACAAGAGUUCGUGUUCGAGUUCGAGUACAGUUCCGGGUCCUUGUCUGAGCAAGUACGUGGAUCCAUCGAGCGAAGAGUCUCACAGAUACUAUCUAGCGCGGCGGAACGCGUUGGAGAUGCUCAGAGACAGAGGAUAUGAAGUCUCCCUCGAAGAUAUCAAUCUCUCUCUCCAAGAUUUUCGAACUGUUUACGGCGAACGUCCCGACGUUGACCGUCUCCGUAUCUCCGCUUAUCAUCGCUCCGAUUCUUCCAAUAAGGUGAAGGUUGUCUUUUUUGGUACUGGUAAGGUUAAAGUCAACACAAUCCGGAGUGUUGCAGCAGAGAUACUUAGCCAAGAGACCAUAACCGGGCUGAUACUGGUUCUCCAAAACCAAGUAACCGAUAAAGCCUUGAAAGCCAUUGAGCUUUUCACUUUCAAGGUCGAGAUAUUCCAGAUAACCGACUUGCUAGUCAACCUAACCAAACACGUACUGAGCCUCCGUCAUCGUGUUCUGACUGAUGGAGAGAAGAAAGCACUUCUCAAGCAGUUCAACAUCGAGGAAAAACAGCUUCCUCGGAUCUCAAAGAAAGACGCGGUUGUGCGGUACUACGGAUUAGAGAAAGGACAAGUUGUGAAAGUGAGUUACAGGGGAGAACUCACCGAGUCCUAUGUUGCCUACAGAUGUGUGUGGUGAAGUGCAACCAAUUAAAAACAAAAAAAUAACAUUUUGUUUGCUUAUUUUCGGCAAAAAAAACUUCUGUAAGAUGUUUUGUAGGUUAAGAUCCUUUGCUUUAAGGACAAGACUAAGUUUUUGAAGUAAAAAAAAUGUAUUAAAGAUUCUUUGCUUGUUCUUGAAAACAUUUCCCAUUAUGUUCUACCCUUAAAAAGAACAGUUUCU